AGUAUUGUGUAUAUUGGUUAGUAUUUACCGCGAAACGGCGCAAUACGUGAACCUGAAAAUUGACUUGGAAAAAAAUUUAGUUGAAGUUAAGCCAGUGGCCAAGGAUGAUCCUAAAAAUUCUAAUAAUACUCUUGAGGUGUUCUUCAAUAUGGGCGGAAGUAAAGUCGGAAGCGGCGAUGAUCAGUGAUGUAGUGCAGGCGGAGCGGAGGCCAGCCGCCAUUGUGGCCACGCUUUGCUGGACAAAUUAUGAACAAGUGCAACUUCAUGCAGUAUUAACGGCAGCUAAUUUGACUCAAAUCAGUACAGUGCAGUUUCUGAAGCCCGAAAUAAUACCACAAAGUCAUGCUCAGGAUCAGCACACAAUUUUCGUGGUAGACCUUAACUGCUCAAGUAUUAGAAGUUAUUUGCAGAAGAGCAAAGAAGAAAACCAUUUUCGAUCACCGUUCCGUUGGAUUCUAAUUGAUUAUUCCGACGGAGGGAGUAUAGUGCCGGAAUCCAUCAUAGACAUAAAUGUCCUACCAGAUAGCGAGGUUAUGAUUGCCCGAAGAAUUUCCGACACUUCAUAUGAUUUUCAUUUCAUAUACAAAGUUGGCGCAACAACGCCUUGGCGAACGGAGUUCUACGGUACGUGGGAUACAAAAGAAAAGUUCAAGAAGCCUGAUGACGUCCUGGACACGACUGCUGUGAGGAGAUUCAAUCUGGACAGAUAUGAGAUCUCCAUCUGCUACGUGUUGACCGACAACAAUAGUAUCAACCAUUUAACGGAUAGAAUAGACGACCACAUAGACACGAUAACGAAAGCAAACUUCCUAACAACAAAUCAUUUGUUCAACUUCCUUAACGCAAGCAGCAAAUACGUAUUUGCUGACACUUGGGGCUAUAACUUGAAUGGCACUUGGAACGGACUCACUGGACAUUUAGUUAGGGAAGAUGUUGAGAUCGGAGGAUCGCCAAUGUUCUUUACCACAGAACGUGUAUCAGUGGUAGAAUACAUAGCAAUGCCAACUCCUAGCCGAUCCAAAUUUGUAUUCCAACAACCGAAACUCUCUUAUGAGAACAACUUGUUCUUACUGUCAUUUAAGCCUUCAGUGUGGUAUAGUUCUAUCGCUCUACAGUUGUUAUUAUUCUUCGCAUUGUUUGCUAUGGCAAAGUGGGAAUGGAAGAGGAUUAAACAAAAUAACCGCAAGAAAAUGAAAGAUGCUGAUGUACUAAGAGGAAACUUGCAAGAUGUAGGCAUCUUAUUAAUCGGAGCCAUUUGUCAACAAGGCAGCCCUGUAGAACUAAAAGGUUCACUGGGUCGCGUGAUGAUGUUAAUCUUAUUCCUGGCACUCAUGUUUCUAUACACCUCGUACUCAGCGAACAUUGUGGCUCUGUUGCAAUCCAGUUCAAGUAAAAUACGGAAUUUGGAAGACCUUUUGAAUUCACGAAUCAAGUUUGGCGUACACGAUAAUGUGUUCAAUAGAUAUUAUUUCUCGCACGCCACAGAACCUAUAAGGAAAGCUAUUUAUCUGCAAAAAGUAGCACCUCCGGGCACUGUACCUAGAUUCAUGACAAUGGAGGAAGGUGUUAAAAAAAUGAGACAGGGUCUAUUCGCCUUCCACAUGGAAAUCGGCGUUGGCUACAAAUUCGUUGGUAAAUACUUCCACGAAGGUGAGAAAUGUGGGUUGAAGGAAAUACAAUAUCUGCAAGUCAUUGAUCCAUUUUUGGCCGUUAGGAAGCAUACACCUUACAAGGAGAUGUUUAAAAUAGGUCUAAAACGCAUACAAGAACACGGUCUCCAGAAGAGAGAAAACGAGAUUUUUUACGAAAAGCGACCCAAAUGUUCAGGAAGAGAGAGUAAUUUCGUGUCAGUAAGCAUGGUAGAUUGUUAUCCAGCGUUGCUUGUUUUCGCCUACGGUGCCAUUGCCGCUGUGGUCACACUGUUAAUCGAGAUUUUAUGGAAGAAAAGAUGCACAGAUAUUCGUACACUGUGCUCUCGAACAACGCGUCAAGACUAGCUUUGUAUUCUAAAUCGGACAAUCUUAGUAAUUUUGUGGAGCAGCGAAUAAUUUAGUAACUAAAACUACUUUCCUACUUAGUCUAUCAGCUCAGUAAAAAACGUCCGCACUACAGUCAUGUGCAGUACAUUAGUGAGAAGUGUAUUGCGAGAUGGGCAUACAACGCAAAACGCUUAUUGCAAUGGCUAUUUUAUAAGAAGUUGAAGAAGAUAUUUAUGUGGCAAAAAUAAGAAACUAUACGUAUACCACAUACCAAGAUCUAGUAAUCAUUAAUCUGGUAAAUUAGAAAAUAAACAUCUUAAUUAUUUU